AUGCCGCUGACACAGCCCCUGCGUUGCAGGCUUCGUCCUUCCCUCCACUCUCGAAUCAAGCUCACCCGUGGCUCGGAUCAGCGCCGGGUACUUACCUCCCUGCCUUCGCUCUUCAAUUCUCUGAAAUCUUUCCCCUCCUAUGUUCGACGGUCUUCUGUAACACCACUCCCCAUGACGCAAACCAGAAGCCACGCCGGUCACGGCCAUGGUCACCACCACCACCAUCACGACAAUGUAUAUCUGACUUCUACGAACAAACAUGACGCCGGUGUGCGCAUUACCCGGAUUGGCCUGGUCGCCAACCUCGCAAUGGCUAUUAGCAAAUUUAUUGGAGGCUACGUCUUUCACUCCCAGGCUCUGAUCGCCGACGCCUACCACGCCCUCACCGACUUGGUCUCCGAUUUCUUGACCCUGGGGACGGUCGCAUGGUCCCUCAAACCCCCGAGCGAACAAUUUCCCCACGGUUAUGGAAAAGUGGAGAGCAUCGGCGCCCUGGGCGUGAGCGGGCUGUUACUAUGCGGUGGUGUGUUUAUGGGUCUCAAUGCAGGACAGGUCCUGCUGGCCCACUGUUACCCCGACAUGGCAGAAACUCUCGCUCACAUUGGAAUUUUUGGACAUGGACACGGGCAUUCACACAGCCAUGGUAUUGAGGCAAUGGGCCCUAGUAUUCAUGCAGCCUGGAUAGCCGGCGGAUCAAUUGUCGUCAAGGAAUGGCUUUACCGUGCAACCAUGAAAGUAGCCGAGGAGCGCAAGUCGUCCGUGCUUGCGUCCAAUGCCAUCCACCACCGAAUUGAUUCUCUCACCAGUAUUGUGGCCCUGGCUACGAUUGGUGGAAGUUACGUUUUUCAAGACGCUACCUGGCUGGAUCCGGUUGGUGGUCUUUUAAUCUCCUUGAUGGUCAUUAAGGCCGGCUGGGGAAAUACUAUUACCGCCCUGUUGGAGCUGGCUGAUACCACGGUGGAUGACGAAAUCAAAACUUCCGUGCAAACCGCUGCCACAAAGGCGCUGAAGAAUAUUGAAGACGGUGAGCAGGUGAUUAUCCGCGAUAUCCAGGGUAUGAAGUCUGGUCAAAACUACUUGAUGGAUAUUGAACUUGCCGUACCCGGGGCCUGGGCCAUCACUCGUUCUAGAGUGGUGGAAGAAGCUGUCCGCCAAACGAUCGGCUCAGGUGUUCGUGGGGUGAAACGAGUCAAAGUUCGUUUCAUCCCAGUGGAGGAGCAGGAGCUGACAUUCUCCGAGGAGUUUGUCUCCCAGGAUUCCGGUGCAAACCCCGAGUUUGAAAACCAUGACCAUGCUUCCAGUAGCAUCACCUCUGGGUCUCAUGCUCAUGAGGAUCACACCUCCCACAAGAGGCGCUAG